CCGGAGCCGGAGCCGGGGCGCCUGGAGGCGGUCGGGCCGUUCUCUCCGAGCUCAGAGCGGCGGGGAGACCGUGCGGCGGGGGCCGGGCCCCGAGCGCAGUCCCCGGGCCGAGGUGGGCCGGCAGGAGCCGCUACCCGAGCGGCCGGAGCCGCGCCGGGACCCUCCGCAGGGCCACCGAGGCCGGGCGGGCCCGGGCCAUGCGCGCCGCUCGCUGAGGCCGCGCGAGGCCGCGAUGGAGGCGCCGGCGGGCGAGCCCCCGGCGCGGGGCUGCGGCCCUCCGCCCGCACCCACCCCGGAGAGGAAGAAGAGCCACCGCGCGCCGUCGCCAGCGCGGCCCAAGGACGUGGCCGGCUGGUCGCUGGCCAAGGGCCGUCGCGGCCCAGGCCCGGGCGCCGCGGCCGCCUGUAGCGUCGCGUCCUCGGCGCGGGCGGACAAGAAGGGGCGCGCGGUGGCGCCCGGGACGCGGGGCGCCGGGGCGCGGGUGGCCGGUGUCCGCACGGGCGUCCGCGCCAAGGGGCGCCCUCGCCCGGGCGCGGGGCCGCGUCCGCCGCCGCCGCCGCCCAGCCUCACGGACAGCAGCUCCGAGGUGUCGGACUGCGCGUCGGAGGAGGCGCGCCUGCUGGGCCUGGAGCUGGCGCUGAGCAGCGACGCCGAGUCGGCGGCGGGGGCCCCGACGGGAACCCGCGCCGGGCAGCCGCCCCAGCCCGCGCCGUCGGCGCAGCAGCCUCUGCGGCCGCCCGCCUCCCCGGAUGAGCCGUCGGUGGCCGCGUCGUCGUUGGGCAGCAGCCGCCUGCCGCUCAGCGCCUCGCUCGCCUUCUCGGACCUCACCGAGGAGAUGCUGGACUGCGGGCCCGGCGGCUUCGUGCGCGAGCUGGAGGAGCUGCGCUCCGAGAACGACUAUCUCAAGGAUGAGAUUGAGGAGCUGCGGGCUGAGAUGCUGGAGAUGCGGGAUGUCUACAUGGAGGAGGAUGUGUACCAGUUGCAGGAGCUGCGGCAGCAGUUGGAUCAGGCCAGCAAGACCUGCCGCAUCCUGCAGUACCGGCUUCGCAAAGCGGAGCGCCGCAGCCUCCGUGCCGCUCAGACUGGCCAGGUGGACGGCGAGCUCAUCCGAGGGCUGGAGCAGGAUGUCAAGGUCUCUAAGGACAUCUCCAUGCGUCUGCACAAGGAGCUCGAGGUGGUGGAGAAGAAGCGGGCGCGGCUGGAGGAGGAGAAUGAGGAUCUGCGGCAGCGACUCAUUGAGACAGAGUUGGCCAAGCAGGUGCUGCAGACAGAGCUGGAACGGCCCAGAGAGCAUUCCUUGAAGAAAAGAGGAGCCCGUUCUCUGGGGAAGACAGACAAGAAGCCUUCAGCACAGGAGGACAGCGCGGAUCUGAAGUGCCAGCUGCACUUCGCCAAGGAGGAGUCGGCCCUCAUGUGCAAGAAGCUCACCAAGCUGGCCAAGGAGAACGACAGCAUGAAGGAGGAGCUGCUCAAGUACCGCUCGCUGUAUGGGGACCUGGACGCCGCCCUGUCGGCCGAGGAGCUAGCGGACGCCCCCCACUCUCGGGAGACGGAGCUGAAGGUGCACCUGAAGCUGGUGGAGGAGGAGGCCAACCUGCUGAGCCGCCGCAUCGUGGAGCUGGAGGUGGAGAACCGGGGCCUGCGCGCCGAGAUGGACGACCUGCGGGACCACGGCGCGGGCUGCCCGGGCGGCUGCCCCGGAGGGCCCGAGGCGCGGCUGGCCCUGGCGGCGGCGCUGGGCGCGGGCGAGUGCGGCGAGAGCCUGGCGGAGCUGCGGCGGCACCUGCAGUUCGUGGAGGAGGAGGCCGAGCUGCUGCGGCGCUCCUCGGCCGAGCUGGAGGACCAGAACAAGCUGCUGCUGAGCGAGCUGGCCAAGUACCGCGCCGAGCGCGAGGCCGACGCGGACGCGCCGGCGCCGGCGUCGGAGGACGGCCUGGGCCCCGCGCUCGGCGAGCCCUCGCGGGAGGAGCUGGCGGCCGCCAAGCUGCAGAUCGGGGAGCUGAGCGGCAAGGUCAAGAAGCUGCAGUACGAGAACCGCGUGCUGCUCUCCAACCUGCAGCGCUGCGACCUGGCCUCCAGCCAGAGCGCGCGCCCCGCGCUGGAGACGGACGCGGAGGCCGGCGACUCGGCGCAGUGCGUGCCCGCCCCGCCGGGCGAGGCGCCCGCGGCCGCCGCCCCCGCCGCCCCCGCCGCCCGGCUCGGCCGCGCGCGCGAGGCCGAGGCGCUGCCCGGGCUGCGGGAGCAGGCUGUCCUGGUCAGCAAGGCCAUCGACGUCCUGGUGGCCGAGGCCAACGGCUUCUCGGCGGGCCUGCGGCUGUGCCUGGACAACGAGCGCGCCGACUUCCGGCUGCACGAGGCCCCCGACAACAGCGAGGCCACCCGGGACCCCAAGCUGGUCCACGCCAUCCUCGUGCGGCUGAGCGUGCUGCAGCAGGAGCUCAACGCCUUCGCCCGGAAGGCCGACGCCGCCCUCGGGGGCCCGGGCAAGGAGCAGCCCGAGCCCUUCCUGGGCUCCCAGGGCCCUUGCAAGGAGAUGAUCCUGGCUAAAGACCUUGGCCCCGACUUCCAGCCCCAGGACUUCAGAGACCUGCCGGAAUGGGAGCCCAGGAUGCGGGAGGCUUUCCGCAUCAAUGACUUGGAUUCAAAGCCUGAACCCAGUCGGAGCUACCGGUCUUACCGAGCUGAAGAUAAUGAUUCCUAUGCCUCUGAGAUCAAGGAGCUGCAGCUGGUGCUGGCCGAGGCCCAUGACAGUCUCCGGGGCCUGCAAGAGCAGCUCUCCCAGGAACGGCAGCUUCGAAAGGAAGAGGCUGACAACUUCAACCAGAAACUGGUCCAGCUGAAGGAGGACCAGCAGAGGGUGCUGCUGAGGCGAGAGUUUGAGCUGCAGAGCCUGAGCCUGCAGAGGAGACUGGAGCAGAAGUUCUGGAGCCAGGAGAAGAACAUGCUGGUGCAGGAGUCACAGCAGUUCAAGCACAACUUCCUACUGCUCUUCAUGAAGCUCAGGUGGUUCCUGAAGCGCUGGCGGCAGGGCAAGGGUUUGCCCAGCGAGGGGGAUGACUUCCUGGAGGUAAACAGCAUGAAGGAGCUGUACUUGCUGAUGGAGGAAGAGGAGAUAAAUGCCCAGCAGCCAGAUAACAAGGCGUGCACGGGAGACAGCUGGACCCAGAACACACCCAGCGAGGACAUCAAGACCCUGGCAGACAUGAAGGUGACAUUGAAGGAACUGUGUUGGCUGCUUCGGGAUGAGCGCCGUGGGCUGACAGAGCUUCAGCAGCAGUUUGCCAAAGCCAAGGCCACCUGGGAGACAGAGCGGGCCGAGCUCAAGGGCCAUGCUGCUCAGAUGGAGCUGAAGACCGGGAAGGGGGCCGGAGAGCGGCCUGGGCCUGAUUGGAAAGCAGCCCUGCAGAGGGAGCGUGAGGAGCAGCAGCAUCUUCUGGCCGAGUCCUACAGCGCAGUCAUGGAGCUGACCCAACAGCUGCAGAUCAGCGAGCGCAACUGGAGCCAAGAGAAGCUGCAGCUGGUGGAGCGGUUACAGGGUGAGAAGCAGCAGGUGGAACAGCAGGUGAAGGAGCUGCAGAACCGUCUGAGUCAGUUGCAAAAGGCUGCCGAGCCCUGGCUUUUGAAGCAUGCAGACCUGGAGAAGCAGGACAACAGCUGGAAAGAGACACGCAGUGAGAAGAUCCAUGACAAGGAAGUUGCUUCUGAAGCUGAGCUUGGGGGCACUGGCUUAAAGAGAACCAAGUCUGUUUCCUCCAUGUCUGAGUUUGAAAGUUUGCUCGACUGUUCCCCUUACCUUGCUGGUGCAGAUGCCCGGGGCAAGAAGCUACCCAACAGCCCUGCCUUUACCUUUGUGAGCACCAAGCCAGGAGAUGCAGAGAAAGAAGCCAAGGAAAAGCCGGGACUCUUGCCACGGGACUGCAGCCGCCUGGGCUCCCUGGCCUGCCAGGACCCUGCAGGGAGGCAGAUGCAACGCAGCUACACAGCUCCAGACAAGACGGGCAUCCGGGUCUACUACAGCCCCCCAGUGGCCCGGCGCCUGGGUGUCCCUGUGGUCCAUGACAAGGAAGGCAAGAUCCUCAUUGAGCCUGGCUUCCUCUUUACCACAGCCAAGCCCAAAGACUCGGCUGAUGCUGAUGGACUAGCCGAGAGCUCGUACGGACGGUGGUUGUGCAACUUCUCCCGGCAGCGCCUGGACGGGGGCUCUGCUGGGGGCAGCCCCUCAGCCACUGGGCCUGCCUUCCCCACGGCCCUGCAUGACUUUGAAAUGUCAGGCAACAUGAGUGACGACAUGAAGGAGAUCACCAACUGUGUGCGGCAGGCCAUGCGCUCAGGAUCACUGGAGAGGAAAGUGAAGAGUACGUCCAGCCAGACGGUGGGCCUGGACAGCGUGGGCACGCAGACCAUCCGCACAGUCAGUGUGGGGCUGCAGACAGACCCGCCCCGCAGCAGCCUCCAUAGCAAGAGCUGGUCACCCCGCAGCUCCUCACUCAUGUCCGUACGCAGCAAGCAGAUCUCCUCCUCCCUGGACAAGGUGCACCCGCGCAUCGAGCGGCCGUGCUGCUCACCCAAGUAUGGCUCCCCAAAGCUGCAGAGGAGGUCCGUGUCUAAGCUGGACAGCACCAAGGACCGCAGCCUGUGGAACCUGCACCAGGGCAAGCAGAAUGGCUCAGCCUGGGCCCGUUCCACCACCACUCGGGACAGCCCAGUGCUAAGGAACAUUAACGAUGGACUGUCCAGCCUCUUCAGUGUGGUGGAGCACUCAGGGAGCACCGAGUCUGUCUGGAAACUGGGCAUGUCUGAGGCCCGGGCCAAGCCUGAGCCUCCCAAGUAUGGCAUCGUGCAGGAGUUCUUCCGGAAUGUGUGCGGCCGUGCACCAAGCCCCACAUCGGUAGCAGGAGAGGAGAACUCCAAGAAACCUGAACCUCUCUCUCCUGCCAGCUACCAUCAGCCAGAGGGCGUGGCCAGGAUCUUGAACAAGAAGACAGCCAAACCUGGCAGUGAGGAUCUCAGAACCACCAACCCAUCCCAGAUGGGCAAGGAUGGCGUCCCCCGUGAUGGAGAUGGCGUCUCAAUCCUUCCUAAUGAGGAUGCUGUUUGUGACUGUACUGCCCAGUCUCUCACCUCCUGCUUUGUCCGGCCAUCCCGUUCAGCCAUCCGCCACUCUCCUUCCAAGUGCAGGCUGCACCCGUCCGAGUCCGUUUGGGGUGUGGAGGAGAGGGCAGUCCCCCCCAGUGAGUGACAGAGCAACAGAGUUUCCCACUUCGAACAGCCUGGCCCCUGGAGAUGCAGCGAGGGGUUGCCCCCUCCACUCCCUGUGCCCAGAGGACAGCAGCUACCCCGCUGCCAGAGGACAUUCAAGGUAACCACAGGGUCUCCAGCCACCACUGGGCGGUGACUCUGCCUUCCAGUGGAUGCCAGUGAACAGGAGAAAGAACAAGCCUAUGGCCAAGACUGAACCUCGGAAGCCUUGCCAAGGUACUCCAUCGAGGACACAUCCUCGAGUCCUAAAAGAGACCUUUGUCUGGCUCACCCACCCCCAUUUGUAGGAAGACCCCUGGAAGGGAGAUACUUCUAGCUGUGCCUCAAGACAGAGGCACACAGAUGUUCCCUGCCCGCCACACACCUCUUCUCUGGGAGGGAGACGUGGCUGGAAAGAGCAGGUCCAGCUUGGGGUUCCUGCUGGGCUGGGCAUUGCCACCUCUCCCACGUGCUGCUUGGGCUGCUGGCAUUUGGGGGAAUGAUAGGGCAGUAGCCAGGGCCAAGUAGACUUGGCAUCCUGGAGCCCUGGAUCUCCCUGGUCUUAUCUAUAUGCAGCAGGAACUGGGAGGAAGUGCGGACUGCCUCCCUGCCUGUGUGACUUGGGGUGUCCAGCCUUCCCAGGAGAUCCACCAGGAGAGAAAUAAGUACAGCCCAUCUCAAGACCUGGCACCCAGGGUAGUGCCCCUGUGCUACACCUUGCUUGUUCUCUGAGGCCUCUCCCUGACACCCAGGUGGGACACUAUGUCCUCUCUGCAUUGGUAUCCUCCAGCUGGUGGAGGGAGAGCUCCUCCCUCCCAGAGACCCAGAGGCUCCCAUGCCGGCAGCUUGGGCCAGGGAAAACUCCAUGAGGUCAGUGUCCCAGGACACAGCCCAGGACUGGGGCUUGCAAAUACAUUUCUUGCCUAGGUCGUUUAUUUGAACUUUUUGUACUCUUUAAGUAUUUAAAGUGUUUUUUUUAAUUUUUAAUAAUUUAAUUUCCCCAAAGCCCCUAAGGUAAUUUAUUGGAGGUUAAAAUAUGUAUUCAUGCCCCUGGGACAAUGUGGGGCUCCUAACACCACAGAUAAGUAUGAGGGUCCCCUGUGAUGACAAAGCAGCUCAGGUCAAGCUCUUCAUUUCAAGAGGACCCCUCACCAGAGUGGGAGCCCUGCAGUUUGCUUCCCCAACACCAUGGGCCCUUGAGCCUCAGAGCACUGCCUUUUCCUUCAUACCUGGUACCUCGCUGGCCCCUGAGGUCAGUGUGUAAAUGCUCCAGACAGAGUGGUGAGCCAGACUGACGUGACCCCUCCCCCUCCCCCCCCCUCCCAGGAUCUUUCCCCUCUCCUCAAACUCUUCCUUUUCUUAAUGAGUCAAGCAUGGAGGACUGCGGCUCUUAUCAAGAGUACAAAGACCCCCUCCAAGUCUCCCAAGUGACGACUCGCAGGAAAACAGGAUGAACUUUGAGAAUGUUGUUUAUUGCUGCUUUGCACACAGAUCUGAGAGUGUCUACCAGCCUGCCUGCCAGCCUUUCACCAGCCUGUCUCCUUAGCCUUAUGUCUCUCACGGCUCUGCUCCUAGCCCAGCUCUACUACCUGCCCUUCUCUCGUCCAUGGGAGCCACCCAUCCCAUCUGAGAGACUGCAGCAUGGCUCACCAGUCCAGUGAGGAAGGCCUCAUGUGGCCUCUCCACCGGUGAACCCAUCUUGGUUGUACACCCCCCCCCCCCACACACACACGUGCAGCACUCCUGUCACUGGCUUAUGUACACAACUCUCCAUCCGAAAGGCCAAGAGCCAACAGCAUUGCUGCUUUGUCCCUAGGACUCAGGAGAUGGCCCUGCACUCCGGUUUGUCACCCCUCAUCCACCCUUUCAGGGUCAUCUGGAACAUUUACACAAAGCCUUUUGUCCCAGUUCCCUACAGGCAGCACAUCAGGGUCGCGUCAGCCCCAUCAGCUGCUUCCUAGUGACUUGUGUGGGAAGAGCCACGGGUCAUUGGAGCCUUGGGCCAGUUCCACUACUCUUACCCAAGAGGUUAGAGGUCCCUCAAAGAUUAACUUCAGGUGAGGGGAUUUAUACCAGGCCACAAGCCACCAGAGGCCUUCUGCCACCUCCCAGAGCUGCAGAGGGCCAGGGGGGCUGGGCUGUCAGCCUUGGGGAAUAAUCCCCAUGAGACCUCAAGGCCUACGGGCCUCUCAGCCUUACCAUCGUCUUCAUCCGAGAUCGUCGUGCGUUAUUGUCACUGUCUCGGCGCCUGGCCCCAGUGGCCCCCAGGGUCUUGGUUUUCAGUGGAGUCCCUGUUUCUAUUUCUUGUAUGCACUAUACAAGGCCACUGUCACCAUUCCUAACAGAAGCCCCUAGGUGUGGGGCUGGAUGGGGUUAACAAUGUUACAUGUAAAUAAUGAUUCGGUUUAAUUUUUAGGUUUUACUUGGUAACUGGUUGUGUUUUCUUUUGGGGGGGUGGGAGGGUUGGUUUGUAAAAACACUCUACUCUUCUGGAAUGUAAUUUCUAAUUUCAUUUAUUUCUUCAAAUGCCUUUGAUGUCUCGAUAACAUUCCCAAAGCAGAAAACUGCCUGUCCUGGAGUGUGGAACCCCUCCACCCCCCACCUGGAGGCUGAGGUCCGAGGAAGAAUGCUGCCCUUGAUCCCUCUCUCCUUCCCUGCUCCCCUAGCUUUCUUCCUCCUGUUCUCCCCCUCUUUUUAACCAAAGCCCCAAGGAACUCUCAUCCCUAUCCCCUAACGAUAACCUGGGGGCAACUUUACCUUCCUUAGGUUUGAUUCCUUGGAACCAAAUUAGAAUCUCCUGGGGGCUAUGAUCACUUGUUUUGAAUGAAAAUCAGACCACUUGGAUGCACAAGGCAUCAACAUCCUGUCCCUGGCCUUCCUUCCAGUACUUUCUGCAGCACAGGCUGUAGGACCUCCGGGAGGUCCUGCUCAAAUGGGCCACACCCCUUGGCCUCUGCAGGGUGCUCGUCUACCAGGUGGCCUCCAGGCUGCGAAGUUGAGGGCAUCAAACACCUGGCCCUCUUCCACAUACAUAUUCACAGCUUUAUCCCCUAGCCUCUUUUCCUCUUGUCCCAGCAACAUUCAGGCCUUUCUUCCUUCUCAUCCUUCCAGAAUAUUCCUACCCAAGUCUCCCACUGACUUCUUGUUCAUAAUGUAAUGCCUCUAGAUCCACAUCCCUUCCAGAGCACUUCACUGUUUAGAAAACAUACACCCCCCCCCCCACGUCUCUCAAACUUUGACAGGAUAGGGCUUAGUGUAUGUACUUUUCAGAUGAGGAAACUGAGGCUCGAGUCUUGUCCCAGAUAUCAUCAAGUUUUGAUGAACACUUGGAUCUUGGAUUCCCCUGCCCUAUUCUGUCCUGUUUGCUGUGCAAAACCACUGCACCCCUAGGGUAUUGGACCACCCCCACCCACCCCACCCCCUCCAGAGUAUGCCACUAUCAAGACAAGCCGCUGGAAUUGCUUGACCUGUGUAUUCCAGAAGGUGGGCUUGGGACACCUGCAUUAGAUUCCAGGGAAGACCUGGUCAAAUGCAGAUUCCUAGGCCUUCAUAGCUCUCUGGACCUAGGGUAUGAGUUAGUUUAGGGGGCGCUCUGGGGCAUCCUAAGCACCAUAGCCCUGACCUUUAGGCCAUUGUUCUUUCAACCAAUCAUCACAAUGCCUCGUUCUUAAAGAGAGCCCUGAGCACUAUGCUUGGUCUUAGGAAAACUAGUCUCCAAUCAAACUCUCCAUGUGUGUAAUUACUCUGGGGAUUUCAAAAAGCGUAGAGACAAUUAACAGUCUUAGUCUUACAUUUAAUAAGAUAACAAAAGUAGAAAGCCAAAAGGCAAGAUGGCUCGGUUUCCAAAUUUACCUAAGGUAAUUUGAUAGUCAUGUAAUUAAAUUUCACUCUUGAGUUGCCCAGUUAGCCAUGAUGAAAGGAGUAACGCCUCAGGAUCUUAUAACUUUCAAUCCUGGGAGGCAAGCGUGUCUGCCCUGGGGAGCAGAUCUUCCACUUCUAAUGUAUGACACAUGUCUUUCUUCAGAGGCCAGGGAGCCCAGUGACGUUUUCACAAGUCCACCUGUCAUGCAAGGUGGUUUGUCAAGUGACUUCACAAAAGUAAACUGCUAUCCACUUGAAUGACCUUGGCCAACUCUUGUGGCUAGCCCAUGCCUCAGUAUCCCCACAUAUAAAUGGGGACAACAUCCUACCUCAUGUGGCUGUGGUGAGGCCUGAAUACCAUCUCAUACCUGCACAAUAAGAUUGGAGAAGUGUAAGGUUCUUGUACAAAUGUUAGGUGAUCUGCCCAUCUUCAUCGUCCCCAGCGAGCCUCUCAGCAUCAUGGCCUGAGCACAACACCAACCUCACUGGGUCCUAAUAACUAAAAAGGAGAUGGAAAAAAAAUCCACACUAGCCAGAUUAGUUUAAAUUGAAGCAAAAAUCUCUACUGUAACCAUUUCAAAUGUGUUGCUUUAUUAUUGUUUUUGUUUGCCCCUCCCUCUUGCUGCGAGUCAAACCUAUACCACCUUACAUGCUAGGCAAAUGUUCACCAGUGUGCUAUAUCCUGGCCCUUAAAUGGCUUCAAAAUCCAUUCACAGUGUUAUAUGACCAUCACCAGUUAUUCUCAGAACUUUUAAUCAUCCCAAACUGAAACUCUGUACCCCUUAAACAAUGAGUCCCAUUCCCCUUGCCUCCCUUCCUGCAUUGGAUAACCUCUGUUCUGCUUUCUUCCUCCGUGGAUUGCCUAGUCUGCACCUCAUUCAUUGUGUCUAUCGCCCCCCCCACACACACAUGUUUUAGAUGAAGAAUCAGGCUCAGAGAAGGGAGUGACUCAGCUGUGGUUGAACAGCAAACCAGAGGCCAAGCCAGACCCUAGGGCCCCUCACUCCUAGCAGGUUCUUCACCCCAUGGUGAGCGAUCAUGUCCUGCUUUUUUGUGGGCUACAUCUGUUGUCGCCCUGUCCCCACUCCAUGCUCUCGUUCAUCUUCUAAAACUUCCUCUUCACCUUAGCUGGUUCUAGCCAGCAGAUAGUGUGACCCACAGCCAGGUUUUCUCCUCUGGGCCCCCAAGCCUCCCAUGGUGCCCUCCCCAGCACCGCUUCCUUCUGUGGGUUUGUUUCGAAUCUCAGCACUGCCUUCCCAAGCUCGCACUCCUGUUCCAUCAGGAAAGUGCCCAGUCUGUCCUCUCCCAAACUUAGGUUUUCUCUCAGAUCUGAUUGUAUCCUGGUUUCUGUGUUUCUUUUGUAUUUUCUCACACCAAAGGGGACCCCUGUUCUCCAUGCAUCAGGCAGCACCGGUCCUGCCAGUCCUCCUUACUGAGUUCACUUUGUCCUAGUUACUUCCCCAUCAGUUCCACCUGGAGCCACUCUGUUGUCUCUGUCCACAGCCUCCCAGCCGCUGCCCCAGCACCUUCUACUGGAGGAGGAGUGUGUGGUGAACAUGAACUUUGCCUCUCUUCUUUGAAUGACCUGUGCCCUGCCCAGCCAUGCACAGCCUGGUAUCAAGCAGGCGCAGCUUGGCUUAACUUCUCUCCACUCUGGUCUUCCAUCUACUUGCUGUCCAUCCUUUCUCUUCUCCCUUGUGCUUCAUCAUCUACAGAACAGUUCAUCCUGUCAGAACCUGUAGCUCAUCCUCCCAACUCAAGUUUGCAGAAUCCAUACACCUAAUGGACAUGAUGCUCUAGUUCCUGUGUGGAGCUCUACUUCCUAUCUUAUCCACACCUAACCCCAUCCUCCCAGGAUCUUCCUCUUCCUUUCUCCUAUGUCAUCAGUUCUGCUUCCUUCCACCUACCUGCCCUCCACCACCUGACCCCAAGGGAAGGAGUCUUAGUGUACUCUUGGAAGGAUGUAGGCAGCUAUGGCUUGUUACCUUGUCACACUCCAUUCUGAAGCCACCUGAACCACGCUCAUGGAGAGAGAACUCAGCUAGCAGUCUGUGGGCCAAUCUCUUGGGCCCUCCAGCAGUUUUAUGAUCUUUGGCUAAGCACCAGGAGCCCCAACCUCAUCCCCAAGCACCUUUCAUAUCUUGGGGGUCCUGCAGUCCCCUCCUUUCUCCACUGGGCCCCAGCAUUCAGUUUCCUCUCAGCUCUGCCAUUGAUCUCUGUGCCUUAGUUCACUUCUCCGCACAUGGGGGGGGGGGGCUCAUUCCCGUAACACCAUUCCCAGAAGCUCUCUGGACCCUUUGGUGCCUCUAAGUCUGAGCUGUGUCAACUGUAAUCUUGCACAGGUACACCAGGUCCUGGGGGGCACCAUUCCAGACCAGUGGUUCUCAAACUGUGUUCCAACAAAACUUACAGAAUGCAGAUUUUAGGCCAACCUGUGGAUCCACUGGAUUAAAAGUGCCAGAGCAGGGCCCAUCAAGGUGAUCUGAAAGAGCCUCCAGGUCAUUCUGUUAUACACAAGUUUGCCAACUACCAACCUAGUAGACAGUGCAGCCUAGAGAGGGCCUGGGGCUGGCCCUAGAUGGGCCCCUUGUCAAGACUCCUGAACUUGGACCCCUUCCCCAUACAAAACCUGACAGAACUAACCCUGUGGUGUCUCCUUUUCCCAAAAGCCGGAGGACUAUGAGAUUUGCCCUAUCCUGCCUCUGGCUCACUUUUCCCACUUAACUGGGUAGAUGGUGUCAGCAGACCAGGAUGGGACUCCCAGGGACAAUGGAGGCAAAGAACCUGUUUAUCCCUGGGCAACCUCACCACACCUAGGAAUGAAAUAGGAAAGAAACCUAAUUCCACAAGAAGAGAAUCCCAAGUCCCCUGCUUGUUGUCCUCCUUCUCUUCCUCCUCCUUCUUGUUCUCCUUUUUCUCUUCCUCUUCUUCUUCCCAAUCCCAGGGAGACCUUGUGGACAGUGCCAAAAAUAGCUCUAACCCCAGCAACUGGAGAAGAGAACCAGGAGCUAUCUUUCCUUAGCAUUCUGCUCACUCCCAUACUGUGCCAAGUCCCCUUCCUGCUCAGCAGGGUUUCCUGGUAAGGGCCCUGGGGCAUCCCUCAGGAGGGAAGGGACCAAGGGCAUCCUUGGGCCAACUGUCCACCUCUUCUUCUACUGUUCUCAUUUCUGUCUUCAGAAGGCUCCUUCCCAGGAAUUGGGUGCUAGGAGGACCACAGUCCAAUCUACCAGCUCUUCCCUGCCCUGUGUCUUAUUUCAGACAUGAGUAAAGCUGUACAGUGUAAACUUAUAAAGUGUUUUUAAUGGUUGUAGAUUGGAAAUAAAGUAUGUCAUAUGAACAGUGGU